UUCUCUUUUAAAAAUUCUACCCCCACCUCCGGCGGGAUUCUUUCUACACUAUUUAUCCUCUCCUCCCAACUCCCUACCACUGGGUCGCUCCUGGCUGAGUUUUAUUUUCCGGUCUUCCCCGGGCCAAGCCCGGGCCGAGGCGGGUGGCUCAGCCGGGCUCGCAUCCGGCGCUCCGCCGCCGCCGCCCAGUUGUGCCGGGGCGCCCUUCGGAGAUGCUGCCGUGGAAGAAGCACAAGUUCGAGCUGCUGGCCGAGGCGCCGCCGCGGCAGGCGUCCAAGCCCAAGGGCUACGCUGUGAGCCUGCACUACUCGGCGCUCAGCUCACUGGCGCGGGCUUGCCCCGAAGGCGCGCUUAGCCGAGUGGGCAGCAUGUUUCGCUCCAAGCGCAAGAAGCUACACAUCACCAGCGAGGACCCAACUUACACCGUGCUCUACCUGGGCAACGCCACCACCAUCCAGGCGCGCGGCGACGGCUGCACCGACCUAGCCGUGGGCAAGAUCUGGAGCAAGAGCGAGGCCGGCCGUCAGGGCACCAAGAUGAAGCUGACGGUGAGUGCGCAGGGUAUCCGCAUGGUGCACGCUGAGGAGCGCGCGCUGCGCCGGCCGGGCCACCUCUACUUGCUGCACCGCGUCACCUACUGCGUGGCGGAUGCACGGCUGCCUAAGGUCUUCGCUUGGGUGUACCGACACGAGCUAAAACACAAGGCAGUGAUGCUGCGCUGCCACGCUGUGCUGGUGUCCAAGCCCGAGAAGGCGCAAGCUAUGGCCCUGCUGCUCUACCAGACAUCAGCCAACGCGCUGGCGGAAUUUAAACGCCUCAAGCGGCGGGACGACGCGCGUCACCAGCAGCAGGAGCUGGUGGGCGCGCACACCAUCCCGCUAGUCCCGCUGCGCAAGCUGCUCCUGCACGGACCUUGCUGCUACAAACCGCCGGUGGAGCGCAGCCGCAGCGCGCCCAAGCUCGGCUCCAUCACCGAAGACCUGCUCGGCGAACAGCAGGAGCAGGAGCUGCAGGAGGAAGAGGAGGAGGAGCAGCCGGUGGGCUGCCUGGAGGAAGAGGAGGACUGUGCGGGGGAGGGUGACCCAGGACAGGAGGAGGCCGCGGCGCAGCAGGCGCUGGUGGUGGCCAUGCACUUAGAGUGCGGGGACUUGCUGGACACGCUGGAGAAUGGCCGCGAGGAGGCGCUGGGGGGCGGCGGGGACUUGUUGGGUCCAGGAGCUGGGCCUCCACCUCUGCCGCUGGGCAGCGCCUCCGACAUGAAGGCCGAGCUGUCGCAGCUUAUUAGCGACCUGGGCGAGCUCAGCUUCGGCAACGACGUGCGCACCCUGCAGGCCGACUUGCGGGUGACGCGCCUGCUGUCGGGCGAGAGCACCGGCAGUGAGAGCUCCAUCGAGGGCGGGGCCCCAGACGCCACCCCCGCCACCGUCGGGGACUCGCCCGGACCCACCGACAGCGCCAGCUCGGACGAACCCCAUUCGGGCUGAACUCCCUGCAGACUCUUCUGUACGCCCCCGGCCGUCUGUGGUCCUGACCACCUCCCUAUCCCCCGCCCUCCCCCAGGAAAGGGGAAAUGGGGCAUGUGAGGCUCUGACCUACACUUAGGCGCAGGUCGAGAAUUCCCCCUGGCUGCUCCCCUCUUCCUUCGCCCCAACCCUUUAGAUUCUGUUUGAGGCGGACUCAGGUUGCGCUUGGGGAUGUGGGGAGAUGUAAGAGAGGGGAACACCCUUGAGGAGGGAGAGACCAGCCUUCUGGUGGCGGGGUGGGGGAGGAGGAUGAAGGAAGGCCGGCAGGGCUGAAGUUAGCAAGUCUCCCCUGCUGGCCAGUUUCCUGUUUGUGGGGCAGCUGAGGCCUGAGGAGGAGGGGUUAACUUCCUCCCCCUGCCCCCUGGGAGUGGCCUUGCACUGUCAUUGACAUGUCAUUGAAAAAAAAAGAAUUUGCUCUCAACAACUUUUGAGACUUCAAUGCCACCCUUUUGCUGUUAGUUCUCCUCGGUGCAAGAGCUUGGGCUGUUUACCUCCAGACUCAAACCCUUGAAAUUCUGCCAAAUUCCUCAAAUAACUGUUGGGGUGGGGGGAGAUGAAAGAAAGUUGCAUUUUGUUUACAGUUAAAUACAUCUAAUAUCUGGAAAAGGAGUUUUCCUUUAGAAACACACACACACCCCCUUUCCUCUUGCCCAGAAGGUCUCACUCCAUGAUACUGUGUAAAAUAUUUUUGCACUGUUGUGAAGUAUUUUUGACAUCUUUAUUUUGUACAUAACUGUGUUCUCAGAGCCGAGUGUUUAUAUCUUUUGCUGUGCAAAAGAAACAUGUAAAUUGUUGUUCAGUUGUAUAUACAGAAAUGUGUAUAAAACAUUUUGUUAUUUUUUAAAAGUAGCACUGUUCCGGUUCUGUUUGCACGGCAGGGGGGGAGAGAAUAAAGAGGAAAAUUUGCCAGAA